UUUCCCAAGUGAAUCUGAAUUUAGUUAGAUAUAAUACAAUUGGAUGUAACACCGCCGAUUGUUUCUCGUCCGCCAUUUUUGAGCUCCUCAAUACAAGAAAAGCAAAAUAUAGUGUCACUUCUCGUGAAAUUUUCCCCACAAAUACAACUCUUUCUUCCAUUUUUUCCAUCUCUUUCUUCAUUCAAUUUCACCUUUCUUUUCCCGUGAUCUCCAAAGUUUUUGUAAUAAUCACUUGUGGGGUUUCGUUAUUUUCAAUUUUAUCCUUGUACCCACUUCAAUUUUCUCUAUUUUAUACGUAUUUACAGUUGAAAGAACCUUACUUGUUUCCAUUUUAAUGGAGUUUUGAGCUCUCCGGUUGCUUUUGAUCACUUUUUCAGGUGUUGGAUGCUGGAUUCAAGAAGCAAGUACCGAGGACGGUCGUUCUUGUUCAUCUUUGGAGUUGAACAUGAUCGCUCUCCAUUUCGGAGAGUUUCUGAUGUACUGUUUGAUUUGUGUAUUGCUUCCUCUUCAUAUUGCUUUGUUGGAAAUGGGUUAGAGAGUUACUGGCGGACGCGUUAAACUUUGUUUUUCUCGGUCUUAUAUAUAUAUAUUUUUCUAGGAAUAAUGGCUAGACUGCGUGGUAGUAGUGAGAUUACAGAGUUACUAGAGGAUCAUGCAUCUAAAAUUAAUAAAGGUGCACAAAAACAUCAUAACGUGAAGCAUAUAAAAAAGUUUUGUAUUGAAAAUGAUAUUAAUAAAAUGUUUGAGGCGAUAGAGAUUAGGAAUUCCAGUAGGGGUGUCAAAGAUGUGACGAGUAAAAGUGCGAUGAAGAGGCCAAUGAGAUCUAGCCCCUCUCGUGCAUCUGGAAUAGGAAUUUCUGAGCCUGUAAGUUUGAAGCAGGCCUUGAGAGGAUUAUGCAUCUCUCAGGCAUCAGAGCUGGCUGCUGUGAAGAAGCAGUUGUCAAAAGCAUCCAGGUUGUCUACAGUUUCAGAAACAGGAGCUGUGAAGAGACUGUACAGUGCUGUUAUAGUUGAGGCCAAUGAUUCUGAACAUCACGAUGAUGGAGGUAUACAGAAUCUGGUGGAGAUAUCCCUAGUCCCGGAAAGGAGUAUGGUGAAUUCUUUGCAUAAGAGUCCCGAAUCUGAAAAUGUUCCAGGGCAAGAACACUGUACUUUUGAAGAUGUAUUGAAACAUCCGGAACGGAGUAUGGUGAAUUCUUUGCAUAAGAGUCCUGAAUCUGAAAAUGUUCCAGGGCAAGAACACUAUACUUUUGAAGAUGCAUUGGAACAUAAGGCAAGUGAAAUAGCAGCAGAAAGUGAUGCCCUUUAUCAGUCAACUGAUGGUUACGAGUACUUAAAAGAAGUGUCUGGCCAGAAAACGACAUUGGAGUUGCCAAAUUCUUCAACUGGAAAGUGUACUGAUAAAGUGGAACUAGUACUAGAUCAGAUGGUGCCUUCUGUAAAUGAAGCUGCAGCAGCUGCAAUUGUAGCAGACAAGGAGCUCAAGCAAGAUUUAAAUUUUGUGUCUUGCUCCUCCUUUUUUGGUGCAGGAAAUAAAGUCAUUAAUCCUACCUCUAACAGUCCCAGUCUGAUGAAACCAGUUUUCACAAGCAAAACCUUUUUUAAGAAGAAAGGUUUAUCUUCUUUCACCAGCCGUCCGAAGCAUUCUAGUGGUGGAAUUGAUAGUGAUUUGUCUUGUAGCACAAGUGAGUUUCCUCGUCAGACACUUGCAUGUGCUCCGAGGAAUAAUCAGAAAGAAGAGGUAGAAGUUAGUUCAUCUUCUCUGAAGUCUGGUUUUGCCAAACUAGGUCUGAGCUCAAACAACUGUAACAAAACAAGAAGUAUACUAACCCAAGCUGAUGAAAGAUCAAGUUCAAAGGAAAAGGGGCAAAUGUCUCAAAGUUCGAAGAGUAGUAUUGGGGAUUAUAGCAGCACCACAAGCCUAACUGAUGAAAGCUAUCUCAGUGGGUCUAGUCGCAGUGGUUACCGGCCUCAUAUGUCAAAAGAUUUGAGAUGGGAAGCUAUUGCUUGUGUUCAAAAGCAGCAUGGAACUAUUGGCUUAAAGCGUUUUAAACUGCUCAGAAAACUUGGAGGUGGAGAUAUUGGGAAUGUUUAUCUUUCUGAGCUAAUGGGCACAAACUGUCUGUUUGCUGUGAAAGUCAUGGAUAAUGACUUCCUGACCAGCAAGAGGAAGAUGACGAGAGCUCAGACUGAAAUAGAAAUUCUUCAAAUACUCGAUCAUCCGUUUCUCCCAACUCUCUUUGCCCAUUUUACCAAUGACAAAUACUCAUGUUUAGUGAUGGAGUAUUGUCCAGGUGGUGAUCUGCAUGUACUGCGACAAAAACAACCAAGCAAGAGUUUCUCUGAACAAGCUGCCAGAUUUUAUGUUGCUGAAGUUCUUCUUGCGUUGGAAUAUCUUCACCUGCUUGGAGUUGUCUACCGGGACUUAAAACCCGAGAAUGUGUUGGUUCGAGAAGACGGUCAUAUCAUGCUCUCUGAUUUUGAUUUAUCUCUUAGGUGUGCUGUUAAUCCUACCUUGGUGAAAUCAUCUUCUCCCAUCAUUGAGCUUCCAAAAAAGUCUAGUCCGUGCUCAGCUAGCUGCAUAGGUCCCUUUUGCCUAAAUCCAUCGUGGCAAGUAUCUUGCUUUGGCCCCAGGUUUCUAUCUACAGAAGCAAAGACGCGUAAAGCAAAGGCUGACCUAGCUGCACAAGUCUCACCUUUAACGCAACUUGUUGUGGAGCCAACCAGCGCUCGAUCCAACUCAUUUGUAGGAACUCACGAGUAUCUAGCUCCGGAGAUUAUCAAAGGUGAAGGUCAUGGCAGCGCUGUAGAUUGGUGGACCUUCGGAAUCUUUCUGUACGAGCUUUUAUACGGAAGGACUCCAUUCAAAGGGCCAGGAAAUGAGGAUACACUAGCCAAUGUGGUUUCUCAAUGUCUUAACUUCCCAGCUAGUCCUACAGUUAGCUCUCAUGCAAGAGACUUAAUCAGAAGGUUGUUGCAGAAGGAACCCGAGAAUAGGUUAGGAGCUGUGAGAGGGGCAGCAGAGAUAAAGCAGCAACCGUUCUUCGAGGGACUUAACUGGGCGUUAAUUCGUUGCUCUACACCUCCAGAAAUGCCGAGAUCCUAUGACUUGACAAAUGUUGUCGUUCCAGAUGCCAAUCGACAAAAUAAGGAACGCGACAAGUGUCAAAAUGAGUUGAAAAACAUAGGAGAGGAUACUGAGUUUAACAUGUUUUAGCAACACUAGUCUCUAGUAUGUGAAAGGAUAGGUUUGGUUUUACAUAUAACACAAUGUGUCUGAUCUAUGUAACUAAUAGGUUGUAUAACAUAUAUUAUAGUGUACAUGUUCCACAAAGUGCAACACAUGAAGAGCAUAUAAUGUAACCAUGUUUCAUAAAA